GUAUUAUCCCGCAGAGAAGAGCAGAGCCCUCCAUCUUCGUCUACCUUAAAUAUCAUAUCCCUCUCUCUCUCUCUCUGCUUCGCCACUCCCCAAUCAAUCCCGCUUUUUCAGCCCCUCCAAUUUAUUGCUUCCAUCUACCAUAAUCGAAUCACAUCAAAUCAUACCCCGACAAAAAAUCCCUCUUUCUUCUUCUUCUUGAUCGAUCAACGCCACUUCUUGAAUUCGAUUCCAUUUCUUCUUCCCACCAUGGAGUCCGCCGCGAUUUCCAUGAGAGCCGUUUCUUCACCCUUCCUCUGCAAUUCCCCCGAUUCCAAAUUCGCUUUCAAUUUCGCUAACCCUAGCAAUUCCAGGCCCAAUCCGCCGUCGAUUCUCCGAUGCGUCCAUUCGCAGGCCUCAAAUUCCGAUUCCGGCAAUCGUUUCAAGCCUAUUUGUAAACCGACCUUCGCCUGCUCCGCCGUCGCCGCCGACCGUCAGAGCAGCGGCAGCGCAACCGCCGCGGCGAGACUUCAGCUCCUCCUCGAAGAAUUCCAAUCGCUCGUUGAACCCGCGGAUCGCGUCGGAAAGCUAAUUCGCUGCGCGGCGCGGCUCCCGCCGUUCCCAGAUUCACUGAAAACCGCCGCGAAUCGCGUGCCGGGAUGCACUGCGCAGGUUUGGCUGCACGUCGAGCUCGACGGCGAUGGCAAAAGGUUGAGGUUUAUGGCGGACAGCGAUUCGGAGGUAACUAAAGGCUUCUGCGCUUGCCUGAUUGCGGCGCUCGACGGCGCAACGCCGGCGGAGGUUCUGGCGGUAAAAACAGAGGAUUUAAAAGCUUUAGGUAGUGUAGGUGUUAAUGGACAGAGGAGUGGGAAUUCGAGUAGUAGUCGAGCCAACACUUGGCACAAUGUGUUGAUGAGUAUGAAGAAGAGAACUAACGCCGCCGUGGCGAUGAGCGAGGGCCGGCACCACGGUGACCCCUUCCCGUCGUUGAUUAUAACUUCCGACGGCAUUCAGGCCAAAGGCAGCUAUGCUGAAGCUCAGGCUAGGUUCUUGCAUCCACACGAGCAAAAAGUUCACGAGCUCGUGAAUUUACUAAAGGAGAGGAAGAUUGGCGUCGUCGCGCAUUUCUACAUGGAUCCUGAAGUUCAAGGAGUUUUAACAGCGGCGCAGAAGCUCUGGCCUCAUAUCCACAUAUCGGAUUCGCUCAUUAUGGCCGACUCAGCUGUAAAAAUGGCUGAAGCAGGGUGCGAAUUCAUUACUGUUCUUGGCGUCGAUUUUAUGUCUGAGAAUGUCCGCGCUAUCCUCGAUCAGGCCGGAUUUCCAGAGGUAGGUGUUUACCGGAUGUCCACCGAGCAUAUUGGCUGCUCGUUGGCUGAUGCUGCGGCCGCUCCUGCUUACAUGGAUUACCUUUCGCAGGCAGGCGCUGCUCCCAAUCCUUCGCCUUCUUUGCACGUUGUGUACAUUAACACCUCCUUGGAGACGAAAGCUUAUGCCCAUGAAGUUGUCCCGACAAUAACGUGCACUUCUUCGAAUGUUGUCCAAACCAUUCUACAGGCAUUUUCUGAAAUUCCUAAUUUAAACGUGUGGUAUGGCCCCGAUACGUACAUGGGAGCGAACAUCAUGGAGCUCUUUCAACAAAUGACCAUGAUGAGCGACGAAGAAAUCGCCAAGAUUCACCCCAAGCACAACCGGAGCUCAAUAAAGUCGUUGAUACCUCGCCUCCAUUAUUUUCAGGAGGGAAAUUGCAUCGUACAUCACCUCUUUGGUCAGGAAGUUGUCGCGAAAAUAAACGAAAUGUAUUGCGACGCAUUUCUAACAGCCCACUUCGAAGUUCCCAGCGAAAUGUUCUCCAUGGCCAUGGAAGCAAAGCGUCGAGGAAUGGGAGUGGUCGGUUCGACUCAGAACAUCUUAGACUUUAUCCAAGAGAGAGUGCAAGAGGCAUUAGACAGGAACAUCGACGAUCAUCUUCAAUUCAUUUUGGGAACUGAAUCGGGAAUGGUAACUUCGAUCGUUGCUGCAGUUCGAAAGAAACUAAUGUCGGCAGGAUCUCAAUCGAAAUCUAAAAUAAGCGUAGAGAUAGUUUUUCCAGUUUCCUCGGAAUCGAUCACCACGACGCCGAACUCAUCCAGAGCAGGCGAUUUCUCGACGAUCCCCAUGAUUCCCGGAGUCGCAAGCGGCGAGGGUUGCUCCCUCCACGGCGGAUGUGCAUCUUGCCCUUACAUGAAGAUGAACUCUCUUGCGUCGCUGAUUAAUGUCUGCCAAAGCUUGCCGCACAAAAAGGAUGAUCUUAAAGCGUACGAAGCUAUGCGGUUCAGCCAGCAUACGACCCCGAACGGGAAACUAAUCGCCGAAUAUGGCUGCGAACCAAUUCUACAUAUGAGACAUUUUCAGUCUACCAAGAGAUUGCCGGAGAAAUUGGUCCAGCAGAUCCUCGACACCGCAGGAAGUGGAAGAAGAUAAAGUUUCCACGCGAAAAUCAAUCAAAAGAUACACGCUCGAUACUUUGUUGAUCGCACAAGAUCAGGUGCCUCCUUUUUCGUAAAGAAUUUUUGUGAGUUGUUUGAUUGAAGCAACCUUACAAGUUAUGACAGGUUAGUACAUGCCUCCCGAUUAUAGUAUUAACAUUACAAUGUUCGUUUGUCUCGACUUUUUGUGGUGUUAUUCAUCGAAAGGCGGUUAGAUUUUCGUCGGCAUCUUGUGUUUUUGUCUUUACGAUAAUGUAUACAUUGUUUUCUAGCUAGAUUUGUUUGUGUUAGAAUUGUGUUGUGACAAUAUAUUUUUUGAUCGGGGAAUUCUAGCAAAAUAUUCCCUCGUUGAUUCGAGGAUGUUGUUUGAAUAUUGUAUGAUCGAACAAGUAGUAUCAGAGCGAUCAUAUUGGUCGAAAACUUGUGUUAA